AUGGCAACUUCGCUGGGUGUUUUGCUCGGGAUCCUCCUCCUCUUGGGUUCCCGCGCCGAGGCCGGCGGGGUCAAUCUGUUAAAAGGACGGAAUUCGUCUUCACUGUUGGUCACUGUCCCUGAAAUAUCAAAUAGUGGUCAGGACUACCUCUCCAGCAGAGGCAGCAAGGCCGUGCGUUUGGGUGAAGGGCUCGAGCUGAGGAGCGAAGGGAGCAGGUAUGCCGAUGGGUCUGGGGUGCUGAAGGACGCAUUUUCGAGGGUCCUUGACGAGAUCAAAGCGGGCCACGCCGUCGACGGGGGCCCCUCGGGCUCCGGUCUUCUCGCCGGUGUCCGUGUCGUCAUCCUCUCCCCCGAUGACGAGUUGAACUACAACGUUGAUGAAUCCUACAAACUGUCGGUUCCAGCGACUGGAAAUCCCAUAUAUGCCCUUAUCCAGGCACAGACAGUUUAUGGAGCACUUCAUGCAUUACAGACGUUCAGCCAAUUGUGCGAUAUUAAUCUUGCUAGUGGGACUAUUGAGAUUUCUUUGGCUCCCUGGACCAUCAUUGAUCGCCCUAGGUUUCCUUAUAGAGGGCUUUUAAUUGAUACAUCACGACAUUAUCUUCCUGUGCCAGUUAUAAAGAGUGUUAUUGAUUCUAUGACCUAUUCGAAGUUGAAUGUUCUGCAUUGGCAUAUUGUGGAUACACAAUCUUUUCCUCUUCAAAUUCCUUCCUAUCCCAAACUAUGGAAUGGUGCAUAUAGUUCCGUAGAACGAUAUACUAUAGCUGAUGCUGUUGAUAUUGUACAUUAUGCAGAAAGGAGAGGAAUUAAUGUUUUGGCUGAGAUUGAUGUGCCUGGUCAUGCAUUGUCAUGGGGUAAGGGUUAUCCUUAUUUGUGGCCAUCAACUGAUUGUCAACAGCCGUUGGAUGUUAGUAAGGAGUCCACAUUCAAAGUGAUAGAUGGGAUCCUUUCAGAUUUUAGCAAGGUCUUUAAGUUCAGAUUUGUUCACUUGGGAGGUGAUGAAGUUAAUACAAGUUGUUGGACAAUAACUCCUCAUGUACGGGAAUGGUUAAAGCAGCAUAAGAUGGAUGAAUCUGGUGCUUAUGAAUAUUUCGUCCUACGAGCUCAGAAAAUUGCAUUAUCACAUGGAUAUGAGGUCAUUAAUUGGGAGGAGACUUUCAACAAUUUUGGAAACAAACUGAAUCCUCGAACAGUGGUGCACAAUUGGCUCGGUGGCGGUGUUGCUGAAAAGGUAGUUGCUGCUGGGCUAAGGUGCAUUGUGAGCAACCAGGAUAAGUGGUACCUGGAUCAUUUAGACGCAACAUGGCAAGGGUUUUAUAUGAAUGAACCUCUUGUGAACAUCUCUAGACCUGAACAGCAGAAGUUGGUUAUUGGUGGUGAGGUGUGCAUGUGGGGCGAACACAUAGAUGCAUCAGAUAUACAACAAACUAUUUGGCCACGAGCUGCAGCUGCAGCAGAACGGUUGUGGAGUCCAUUGGAAAAGCUGGCAAAGGAUCCAGAGUUGAUCGCAGGAAGAUUGGCUCAUUUCCGGUGCUUGCUGAAUCAGAGAGGGGUUCCCGCUGCACCACUCGACGGACUUGGUCGAGAGGCCCCGAGAGGGCCAGGCUCAUGCUAUAAGCAAUAGGAGCAUUCCUCAAAUUAGAGGUUCAGGCUUCCACUUCUUCAAGUGAAGGGAUUCCUCCGAUUGUUUUGGCGAUGCAUUGAGGCUUCUACCAUUGAUUACAAAGAAGCAGAAGUAGUCAGAUUCCUUCCCAAAUUAAAAAAGAAGUCUCGCAUAGCCAGUUCUUCGCAUGGCUAAAUUGUAUGCAUCGCUUGUUUGUCAAGGAGCAAAAUUUUUCUCAAUCAGAAAUGUGUGCUUCGAAGACAUUUCUUUAGACACGAUGAAAUAAGAAAUUUAAAAUCACUUGAUGUUUUUGUGAAAAAUGAUCUUUCGCGAUUCAAACAUAUCAGUCAAACAGUGUGAAAACGAUGCUAAUGCUUUCAGCAAAUGAAAUAUCUGUGCAUUUAUACA